AUGGGCGACGCAGGUGGCUGGAGCACCAUCGAGUCCGAUGAGGGCGUAUUCACAUCCCUCAUCGAGAACCUCGGCGUACAAGAUGUUCAAUUCGAAGAACUCAUUUCCCUCGACGCCGACACAAUACGCUCCCUCGGCCCCGUGUACGGCGUGAUCUUCCUGUUUAAAUGGACCCGUGAAGCAGCCGGUGCACGCGCCGAAGCCCCAAUCGACGGAACCUACGACCAAACAGCAACAGAUAACAACGUCUUCUUCGCCGCGCAAACAAUCCAAAACGCCUGCGGCACACAAGCCAUCCUCUCCGUAAUCCUCAACAACGACAACCCCCCAGCUCCCCUCCAACCCAUCCCUCUCGGCUCCGAACUACGUUCCUUCAAAGAAUUCACAACCGGCUUCCCGCCCGAACUCCGCGGCGAGGCGCUAUCAAACUCAGAAGCGAUCCGGACGGCGCAUAAUGCGUUUGCGCGCGCGAGUCCCUUCGCGGAUGAGACGGCUAGACCGCAAGAUGAGGAGAAUGCGGCAGACGUGUAUCAUUUCAUUGCGUAUACGUCUGUGAAUGGGACGCUGUAUGAAUUGGAUGGAUUGCAGCCACAUCCUAUUAGUCAUGGGGAGUGUGAUAGUGGGAACUUCCCUGAGGUUGUUAGUGAGGUUUUGAGGAGGAGGAUUGAGAGGUAUCCGGCCGGGGAGACGCAUUUCAAUCUUAUGGCUGUUACGCGGGAUCCGAGGAUUGCGGCGAGGGAGAUUCGGGAUGUGGAGACUCUUGAGAGGGAGGAGAGGAAGAGGGGGGCUUGGCAGUGGGAGAAUACGUUGCGGAGGUGGAAUUUCGUGGGAUUUAUUGGGGAGAUGAUGAAGGGGGUUGUUGAGAUGAAGGAUAAGCAGGGUGUGUACGACGAGUGGGUUGAAGGGGCGAAGAAGGAGACGAGGAAGAAGUUGGAGAUGAGACGAUGA